CGGGCCUCAUUGGUCCCUUAUUUCCCCAGUAACCAGACCACAACAGUGAGCUUGGAGCACCAAGGACUGAUCAGGCACUCCAGCAGGAGUCCCACCCUCUGGUCAAGAUGCCUUUGGGCCUCUCUACACGGAGCAUCCGCUCCGAGGAGGGAAGCGAGGUCUUCCUGGAAGGAUUGGUGGAUUGGGAGCUGAGCCGUCUGCAGCGACAGUGCAAGGUGAUGGAGGGGGAGAGGCGGGCCUACAGCAAGGAAGUCCGCCAGCGCAUCAACAAGCAACUCGAGGAGAUCCAACACCUGGAGGAAGUGCGGGCCAAACUCAAGAUGCAGAUCAGCAUGGCCCAGAGCCAGGUCAAGCGGCUGGGGGACAGCCAGCGGCUGGAGAGCAUGGACCGCCUGCUGAAAUGCAGAGUCCAGGUGCAGGCUGACUUGGAGGACCUGCAGGAGCAGACCAGGGCCCUGGACAAGCAGAUCCAGGAGUGGGAGACUCGCAUCUUUACCCAGAGCAAGGACCCCUCGGCUCCAGCAUUCUUCCUGGACCAGAAGGUCAAGAUGCGACACCGAAUCAAGAUCCUAGAGGGCCAGCUGGACAGGGUCACCUGUUACUUUGACAUCCAGCUGGUGCGGAAUGCGACCCUGCGGGAGGAGCUGGACCUGCUGCGGAUAGAGCGGGCCCGCUACCUGAGCAUGGACCGCAAGCUGAAGAAGGAGAUCCACCUGCUACGGCAGACGGUCAGCACCCUCAUCCUUUCUUCCACCUCUGCCUACUCUGCCAGGGAGGAGGCCAAGGCCAAGAUGGGCAUGCUGAAGGAGCGGGCAGAGAAGGAGGUGGCCCAGAACGAGGCCGAGGCACAGAUCUUGCAGCGACAGAUAUCGCACCUGGAGCAGCUGCAUCGCUUCCUCAAGCUCAAGAACAACGACCGGCAGCCGGAUCCGGACAUCCUGCAGAAGCGCGAGCAGCGAGCCCUGGAAGUGGCGGAAGGACUCCGGAAGACCUCCCAAGAGAAGCUGGUGCUGCGCUACGAGGACGCCCUGAAUAAACUGUCCCAGCUGACCGGCGAGAGCGACCCCGAUCUCUUGGUGCAGAAGUACCAGGAGACUGAAGAGCGCAACUUCGCAGAGUUUAACUUCAUCAAUGAGCAGAACUCAGAGCUGCAGCACCUUCAAGAAGAGAUCAAAGAGAUGCAGGAGGCCUUGGUCACUCUGCGCACCAGUGAGGAAAACCAGCACUUGCAGCAGGAGCAGCAGCUUACAGUCUUGCAGGAGCAUAUAGACAAAGUGCACUCUGAGUCCAACCUGGUGGAGACCCGGUUCCAGGACCUUCGGAGGAGGCUGGAGAGGCUCAAGACUGAUAUCCAGUUCCUGUUCAUCAAGGCCCACUGCGACAGGAGCCUCAUAGCCGACCGGCUUGGGGUGAAGAACAUGCGGGACCGCGACAUGGGCCUCUUCCUGAGCAUCAUCGAGCAGCGGGUGGUGCAGCUCCUGCUAGUCCAGUCCUUCCUGGAGGCCCAAAGCCAGCUGUCCUUGGCUGAGGCUGCCCUCCUGGUGCUGGGCCAGAGCCAAGAGGAUUUCCCAAAGAAGAUGACUGCACCCCAGCCCCCCAGCAAUCUAGAGGAUCCCCCCGGUUUUGUGGCCAAAGAUGACUAUCCUAUGAGCAAGGAGGAACUGCGGAGUCAAGUAGUGAAGGAGAUGGAGCUCCAGGAGCUGGCGCAGGAGCAGAGACAGCAGGCUGAGGCCGACAGGAUGGGGUCCAGCAUCCCCAGCCUGUCUUUCUCCAGCACCCGGGUAUCCAACCUUGGCACCAGCAAAAAGAGCAAUGAGAUCCCAGGCUCCAUCCUGAGUCACAAGAUUAACAAAGGCCAAGGCGCCAGCACCUUGGGCCAUGUCACUUUUGGCCUCUCUGAGUCCAGUACAGGCCACGCGACCUUGGACUUGGCCAGUGCCACGGGGGCCCUGGAGUCCGGCGGGGGCCGUGUGACUUUCAGACCUGUCACCUCUAGCAGCUUCCUGGGGUCGACUGGUUAUGUGGAGUCCAGCAGAGGAGGCCCAGAGGGUAGAGGCAUGGGGUCAGAAUCAAGUGGAGGCCCAGGUUCCAGUAGAGGCCAAGACUCGAGUGCUGGCCCUGUUUCCAGCACUGGGCCUGGCUCGACUAUUAGUAAAGACUCCCAGGCCUACGAGUAGGGCGUCCAGUCACCACCCUGCUCCAGCCUUGUGUAGGUUUUCUGUCUCCCUCUCCCUUCUUGCGCUGGGACUCUUUCUCUCUCUCUCCCAGCUCAGACCUCUGGCUCUCUUUGCUCCGCCAUCUCUUUUCAUCUGCCCAUCAUUGUCAUCCCAUCUCUGUCCCCUUGGCCCUACCCCCCUGUGGUCCUACUGCCUGGAUCUGUUUUCGCAUCUCUAGCUCCUGCUCCUCAUCUCUCUCCCAGGCUUUCCUGGCAUCUGGUGCCCCCCUGGUGUCAGCUCCUCAUUCCCCACCCCUCAAAGACCCCCCAGUACUGACUAGCUGGCUGUGACCAUAGACAAUAAAGAUU